ACCCUCCUCAUAGUGUGUGAAGCUACUUGGCAUUUGCUUAAAGUACCAUAAGUGUAUUCGCUCGAUUCUUUCUUUUGUUUAAAAAUGAGUCGGGGUCGUCUGUGGACAGAGGAGCAGUUUAACUGCCCCGUUUGCCUCGACUUGCCCACCGAUCCCGUGACGAUCCCGUGCGGUCACAGCUACUGUAUGGCGUGCAUCACCGACUACUGGGACUCGGAGCGCAAGAAGAGCGGCGCAUGCAGCUGCCCCGAGUGCCGUCAGACCUUCGACCCGCGUCCGGCGCUCUGCCGGAACACCAUGCUGGCGGAGGCCGUGGAGCAGCUCCGUCUGGGCAACCUCAGCUCGACAGCGCGCGAGUCCAUCCGCAACGCGCACCGUGCCGCCGCCUCUGCGUCCGAGCGCGGUGCGCGCGACCGAAAAGCCUCCAUGAAGCAACUUCCUGCCUCGAGCGUGCCGUGUGACCGGUGCACGGAGUCCAGAGCCGCCGUGAAAACCUGCCUCACGUGCAUGGCGUCGUUCUGCGCGAGCCACCUGAAACCGCACGAGAAGCAGGACAAGCUGAAGAACCACGAGCUCAUCGCGCCCACCGGAGACCUGACCGAGAAGAUCUGCCUCGCGCACAAGUACCUGCAAGAGUUCUACUGCCGCUCGUGCCAGACCUACAUCUGCUGGCUGUGCACGAGCAACCAGCACAAAGAUCACGAGAGCGUGUCCACGCAGACGGAGCGCGCGGAGAAACAGAAAACCCUGUUGGUUGUUCAGACGGAGAAUCUGCAGAAGCUACAGGAGAGAGAGAGGGAACUCAAAGACAUGAAGAAAGUUGUGGAGACACUCAAGUGCUCAUCCGACACAGUGAGUGAGGAGACAGACACGAUGCUGUGUGAGCUUCAGCACUCGGUGCAGCGUCUGGUGGAUCUGAUCCAGCAGGUCAUGAACACCAGCGGGCAGGAGAAGAUCGAUGAGGCCCAGCAGCUGGUAGACAAACUUGAAAAGGAGAUCAGCCAGCUGAGGAAGAAAGACUCUGAUUUAAAGGAGAUAGUGACAUGUCAGGACAACAUCUAUUUUCUCAAGACAUAUCAGUGUCUUUGCUCUCCGGAGUUCAGUGAGCUCGGCAGUUUUACAAUAAAUCAGGACACCUCGUUUGAUCCUGUACAAAACAUCGUUUUGGAUCUCAGGGAGAAAUUGGAGAACGUGUGCGACCAAGAGCUGGAUAAAAUUAACAAAACAGUGUACAGCACAGUGCCGUUCACAAUGACUGACCGACAGAGCGGACAGAAGCCAGCAAUUUUAAAAUUGUUUUCUGGAAUCGGAGCCAAAUCAUCAAGCAGUCGUACACGAGGUCCCCCUCCACUGCCCUCUGUUAGCGUUCGAGGCCCAGUUGGUAGAGGGACAAACUCACCAAGACCAAGAGCGAGUUACAACAGAGAGGAACGAGAGCAAGCUAAUAACCGGAGUGUGAGCUCUCUGAGACCAAGUGAGAGGCAGAGGAGAGAGGAAAGAGAGCAAGAGAGGGAGAUUCGAAACUCACCAAGAUCUCAAAGCAGACAAAGCACAAAUGAUAGCGAGGCUGACAACUGGAGCUUAAGUUCUGUUAGGUCCAGAGGCAGACAGAGGAGAGAGGACAGAGAGACAGCCAAUGGAGAAGUGCAGACUUCCCACAGACCUCAGGAGACAGCGAUGACCAGACAGCAACCACAGAGGCAAUCUGACAGCUGGAGCUUAAGUUCCAUCAGAUCCAACAGAGACAGAGAGCGGAAAGAAGAGAGAGAAACAGCUAAUGCAGAUGUGCAGAGUUCACCCAGGAUACAGCGGACAGCAACAGCCAGACAGCAGCCUGAAAGACAAUCUGAUCGCUGGAGUCUGAGCUCAUUGUUACCAAAAAACAGGAGGAAGAGACAGGAGUCAGUGAAACAGACCACGCCUAUCCAACAGGAAGUAGAGUCUUAUCAGGAUCAGUGGGGAAACCAGACUGAAGUAAAUCCUGGACUUUUCCUGGAUUCUCCAUCUGCAGACGCUUCCAUCUUCCCUGCCUUUCCAUCUUCAACAUCCCACUCUCUUUCCCCUGCACUGAGAGAGAUCGACCUCGACAGCAUUCAAGCUCCUGAGCCAAGGAGCAGAGACGAGUUCCUGCAGUAUGCUUGCAUGUUGACCUUUGACCCCAAGACGGCUCACCGACGAUUAGUUCUCAGUGAAGAUGACACAAAAGCAACACUGCAUGCCUCCACCCAGUCAUACCCCGAUGUCCCUGAGCGAUUUGAUAGCUGGACGCAGAUUCUCAGCCUCCAGCCGCUCAGUUCGCAACGCUGUUACUGGGAGGUGGAGUGGCGUGGACGGGGCUCUUCAGUGGGUGUGGCCUGUACUUCCAUGCCUCGUAAAGGUGCAGAUGCAAGGGCAGGGCUUGGCUACAAUAUCCAGUCAUGGAGUUUGGAGUUGUCAGACAUGUGUUGCGCUGCUAUGCACGCUAAUCAGAAGCAGGAGAUCUCAGUGACGUACUGCCCCCGAGUUGGGUUGUUUCUGAAUCAGGAAGAGGAGUCUCUGACUUUCUAUGGUGUUGACGAUGUGCUUGUUCACCUACACACAUUUCAUGGCAUCUCAUCCAGUCAGCCGAUAUUUGCUGCUUUUGGCGUUGGGAGUGGAGUCGGAGUUGGCCUCGACUUUGCCAUGGGAAACUUCAGCUCAUCCCCAGACAGCAUUAAAAUCUGUCCCCUCUAACCAAGAUCAUUACCUCAUCUUUUGGCAGGGUAACUGAUAUUACAAUUUUAUUUAAAAUAAAAACAAGUAAGGUUGUUACUUCGGCCCUCAGUUUAAGACAUUUUGAGAUUUGCACUGAAGUUUGUGGCCAGUGCAGUCCCUCUGAUGCCAUAAAGAAGUGUUAUGCAGUCCUCAUCUACUCAAAUGCCAUUUUCAAAUUUAAAUAUUGGUUUAACCAUUAAAAAUUGUUUGAUAAAUUUAGAUCAGCAUUAGUGUCCGAUUAAAUACCAUACUAGCCUUUGUCUCCCCUAUCAACCAGAGUAAUUUUCACCAAUCACAGAAGUCAUAGUCUUUGUUCCAUAAUAGGGAAAUUACUUCUCUUAUCCUAUAAACGUUUAAAAAGAAUGAAUUGGCCGGCUUCAGAUAUCUGCUACACCCUCUGAAACAAAAGGUACUGAACGGUACUUUUCCUUGUCAUUUUGGUCAAAACAAAUGGAAAUGAUGUUUUUGGAACUGAAAAUGUUUAUGUUUAAAGAUACAUGAUUAGAUUUUUUAUUAAUAUUGAUUUUAUUGUAUAUGCUUGAUGUUCAUUAUAGCUGGUGUGAAAGUGGAAAGGUUUAACUUUUUUUUAACUGCUGCUUUGUGUAAGUCAUGUUUUUAGCUGUUUCUGUGGGGGUUUUUUGAGUGAAAAAUAUAUACAAAAAUAUAAUUUUAAAGCUUCACCUUAUAUACAGUAUGUUAGGUAGGUAUAUAUAUAAUAUACACAUUCACUGGAUAUGAGCAAUCGCACACUCUGGCUACUCUACUACUAGAGGACAAAAUAAAACUGAGGAUGAAAUAAAAACUCUACUCGAAAACAAAACCCCAAAAAUGAUCAAGUAUUUAAAAGAAACAGAAAUAGCUAAAAGAAUAUAGUCGGCCCCCCAAUUAUUUCCUGGUCCACACUCCAGCCCAGUCAGUGGCGGUAAUGCACCUUUAAGUUGGUUUGCCAACCGCAAAAAAACCCAAAAGAAGAAAACCCAAAAAAAUAUAUAUUUUAAAAAAGCAACAAAAUGUGGGCAAAAUAUGGGGUUGGAGAUGGUAAGAAUGUUUUUUUUUUUUAAGAAUUAUUAUUAUAGCAGGGCGGCACGGUGGUGUAGUGGUUAGCGCUGUCGCCUCACAGCAAGAAGGUCCUGGGUUCGAGCCCCGGGGCCGGCGAGGGCCUUUCUGUGUGGAGUUUGCAUGUUCUCCCCGUGUCCGCAUGGGUUUCCUCCGGGUGCUCCGGUUUCCCCCACACUCCAAAGACAUGCAGGUUAGGUUAACUGGUGACUCUAAAUUGACCGUAGGUGUGAAUGUGAAUGGUUGUCUGUGUCUAUGUGUCAGCCCUGUGAUGACCUGGCGACUUGUCCAGGGUGUACCCUGCCUUUCGCCCGUAGUCAGCUGGGAUAGGCUCCAGCUUGCCUGCGACCCUGUAGAAGGAUAAAGCGGCUAGAGAUAAUGAGAUUAUUAUAGCAUUUUUAACAAAUUGCUCCUGUCAUUUCGCCAGCUUGUUUACAUUCUAAGUGGAAAUUAUUUUGUCGGACGUUUUGUUUAAAGUUUUUAUUUAUCGAAUUUGCAAAAAAUAAAAAUAAAAGUGCACUAUUUCUCAAAAUCCAGUGAAUGUAGAUAGAAUAAAACAGUUAUUCCACUCAAUCUCGUUGUACAUGGCUCAUAGCCAACUUGGCUCAUAGCCAACUACGCACCUCGUCGGCUAUCAGCUCAUGUACGACUCGAUUUCAUGGAAUAACUGUUAAAUAUAGGAUGGGUAUUGUUAUCAUUAUCACCACCACAUGCCCCUUGGCAGGGAAAAGAGACACACUAAAGGUACAAAACAUGUCUCCGUUAUGAUACUAUGGCUUCGAGUCUAGUCCAGUUGUACAAUUUGGUAUCUUUUAUUUCUUAGAACGUAGGAGAGGCUAAGUUUAUUAUACACCCUAACAUCUUGCAUUCUUUAUACAGAAGAUUUGUUAACUCUCAAGGUUUUUAGUUUAGGGUUAACUGUUGUAUUUAUUAUGUUGUAUUAUGUGGUUUGCGUUU